AUGUCGUCCAACAACACCUCGGCCAGUGUCUCCAUCGAUAAGUUCGAUGGGGACAACUACUCAACCUGGUGUCGCUACAUGCGCGGCGUGUUUCUGACGAAGUCAGUCUGGUACGUCGUGAACCGCGAAACGUCUCCAACCUUCACCGACACGCGAGCUUCCGACGAGUACGUCAAGGCGAGCAACAUCGCGUUCGGGUUGAUGUUGCUCCACAUGGACGCCGACUACCACCAUGUGGUCGACAACUGUGAAGAAGCAUGGACAGCGUGGUCGCGGUUGAAGAUGCUCUAUGGUGGGUCGCAGAAGGCGGGACGCAUCUACCUCAAGCGCCAGCUGUUCAGCAUCAAGAUGGCGGAAGGUGCCAACGUCUUGCACCAUUGCAACGAAGUCUUGAACAUCGGCGCCAAGCUCAGCAGCAUCGGUGCCAAGAUGGAAGACGAAGACAUUGCGAUCUGCUUGCUGCUCAGUCUCCCGAAGAGUUUUGAGAACGUGGUUCUCAACUUGGAGAUGAGCAAUGCAGAGCUGCGCACGCAAGAUGUGGUCAAGGUGCUGACUAACGAGCACAUCAAGCGACAAGGCGAGAAGAUGACAACGGCAACGACAACGGUGAAGACUGAAGAUGCGACAAAGGCAUUCAGUACCGAGCGCAAGCCCUACCAAUGCACAUACUGCGGCAAGGUGGGGCACACGGCAGAGCGUUGCUGGACGAAGCAAAAGGAUGAAAGUCGAGGAGCCCAACGCGGCGGCAAUGGUCGUCGACGCGGGGCAAACAAUGUCCAGUGGCGACAUUAUGAUGAAGGCAACAGCUACGAUCGAGUGGCGUUUGCAGUUUCGUUCGAAUGCGGAGUUUCGACGAACAAGAAUGGACCAGGAAUGUGGGCCGUUGACAGCGGGGCAACACAUCACAUCUGCCACGACAAGUUCAAGUUUGCAAGCUUGGUCGAAGGCAAUGAUGGCGAGAUCCUGGUGGCUGAUGGCAACAAGGCGGCCAUCAAAGGUGUGGGGACCAUCGUGGAAAAGGUGAUUCUGCCAAACGGGGAAGAGCGCGAGAUCGAGAUCAAGAACGCGCUCUAUGUGCCCAGCAUGAGCAAAAAUCUGCUCUCGGUGCCGCAGAUUAACAAGCACGGCAACUUCCAAGUGGUGUUUGACGGGGAUACGAUGUACGUCGCUCGCAAGGAUUCCAAUCAAGUGGUGGCAGCUGCGGAUCUUGUAGACGGACUCUACUGGCUUCGCACGACGCAGCGAUCGGCCAAUGCGACAUCACUCAGCAACGCUGUUGAUCUACAUGCGCGAAUGGGCCAUGCUCCAGUCGACGUGCUUCGCAGGAUGGUGACAAGCCACAUGAUCAAGGACGCUCACAUCCCUUCCAAGCCGAAUGGAUCAAGUGUGUGUCGAGGAUGCCAAGAAGGGAAGAUGGUCCAAAAACCAUUCCCGAGCAACCGUGACAAGCGCACCUACAACACCUUCGAGAUGCUUCACUUCGACAUCUGCGGACCCAUGGAAGAAAAAUCUCUGGGCGGCAGCAAAUACCUGCUGUUGAUCGUGGAUGAGGCGAGUGGAUGUAUGAAGGGUUUUUGUCUGCAUUCCAAGUCAGAGAGCGAAGAGUGCAUCAAGAAGUACAUCACGAUGAUGCAGACGCAGUUCAGCAAGAAGGUCAAGUUUUGUGCGCCACGACGAGCUUGCGAGUUUGCGACGAACUCGCUUCAAGAUUUCUACGAAGUCGAAGGCAUCGAGCAACAAACCACGGUGCCAUACGCACAUCAAGCCAAUGGAACUGCUGAACGCGCGAUUCGAACUAUCGUCACGAUCGGCCGCAGCAUGCUUCACCAUGCCAAGUUGCACAAGUGCUUCUGGGCUGAAGCGGCAAUGACGGCCGUCUAUGUGAAGAACCGUUUGCCGUCACCCAAGUUUCCACACAAGACACCGUUCGAGAUUGUCUACAAUUCUAAGCCAAGUGUCAAGCACAUGCGCGUUUUUGGGUGCCAAGCAUACAUCUUGACCCCGAAGGAGAAACGACUCAAGUGGGAUCCCAAGGCCCGGGCUGGAUUGUUUUUGGGCUACGAAGAAGUGUCCAAGGCGUAUCGAGUUUACGACAUCGAAGCGGGGCAGGAGACGAUAAGUCGCGAUGUCAACUUCGAUGAGUCGGCCUUUGGACUGUCGAUGCUGAUUUCCGAUGACGAUGUUGAUGGCCUGGACUUCGAAUCGAUCGAUCUUGAUGAUGAAGAACCGCGUCCGAGACACUUCAAACAAACAGGAAAGCGCAAGGCCCAACCCAGUCACGACAAUGACGACACAAGCAUGCCCCCGAGCACCAACGAAGAUGAAGAAAGGAAGUCGGAGGAACAACAUGACACACCGACUUCCUCCGCGUUUUGGCAUGCGAGUGCAAACGCCGUCGAAGCAGCGGUCGAUUUUUCGGAGCCGUCGGCAUUUGAAGAAGCAGUGUCUGGCCCGGACCAAGUACACUGGCGCAAGGCAAUUGAUGCGGAGCUCGAUUCGAUGAAGCUUCGCGGUGUCUUUCGUGCGGCCAAGUUACCCAACGGACAAAGCGCCAUCGGCACAAAGUGGGUCUUCAAGAUCAAGCGCAAGGCGGAUGGGUCGAUCGAGAAAUACAAGGCACGACUUGUGGCCAAGGGUUUUCGCCAAAAGUAUGGCAUCGACUACACGGAGACGUUCUCGCCCGUGGUCAAGUAUGUGACGCUGCGAAUGGUCAUUGCCAUUACCAAGCACUUUGGAUGGCCCCUCGACCAGCUCGAUGUGGUGACUGCGUUCCUGUAUGGAGUGAUGAAGGAGAAGAUGUUCUGCGCUGUUCCGGAAGGCGUCAAGAUGGAAGGUGAUUUCGACUGUCUCGAGCUGAUCAAGGCGAUCUACGGUCUCAAGCAAGCCUCGCGUGUUUGGAACGAGACCUUCGACGAGUUCAUACGCUCGAUUGGUUUUCAAGCGUCGGGAUUCGAUCCAUGUCUCUACAUCAUGACUUCGGAAGGCCAUUGUGUUUUUGUGCUGGUCUACGUGGACGAUGUCUUGGUGACUGGAAGCUCGCUCGAGAUGAUUGCGCGCACCAAGAACGACCUCAAGACACGCUUCGAGAUGACGGACAGCGGCAAGUGUGCCUUUGUUCUUGGGAUCGAGUUAUUGGACGGUGAAGAUGGCAGCGUGACUAUGUGUCAGCGCCGUUAUGUCGACGAUGUCCUCAAGCGCUUUGGAAUGGAUGAGUGCAAGGCUGUGGCAAGUCCGGUGGACGUCAGCUCUCGACUGGUUCCGAGCAACUCUGCAAGCAAGGUGGAUGUCCCAUUCCGUGAAGCAGUGGGUGCUUUGAUGCAUCUGACGACUGCAACGCGACCGGACAUCGCCUAUGCUGUAAGCUUUGUGUCACGGUUCAUGGAGAAACCCCAAGAAGAACACUGGGUUGCAGUCAAGCGCAUCUUCCGCUACCUACAAGGCACCAAGAUGCAUGGAAUCUGCUACAAGCCAAGUGCGAAGAUCGACUUUCGUGGCUAUUCAGAUGCAGACUGGGCCGGUGACCUUGCUGAUCGCAAAUCGACGUCCGGCUACGUCUUCAUGCUAUUGGGUGCUCCGGUGAGUUGGGGCAGCAAGAAACAGCCAAGUGUGUCACUGUCUACAAGUGAAGCGGAGUACAUCGCGCUCAGCCUGGCGAUCCAAGAAGGCAAGUGGAUCAAUCGCUUGCUGUGCGAGAUCAUGGCGGCUGCAAACGAAGAAGGACCCGAGCUCGUCAUCCGUGAAGACAACCAGUCGUGCAUCAAGAUGACGAAGAAUCCGGUCAACCACGGCCGCGCUAAACACAUCGACAUCAAGUACCAUCACAUCCGUGAUGAAGUCAAGCGCGGCGAAGUGAAGCUUGAAUACUGCGAGACGACGUUGAUGUUGGCGGACAUCAUGACGAAGGGACUUCACGGACCGCGUCACAAGGACUUGACGGCGGCGCUUGGCAUCCGUGCGUGUUCGGAUUGA